GGCCGAGACACUAUGGCAUCCUUCACUGCUGUGCAGAAGGACCAAAACUUGGCCAACUUCCGUGGUGUGCCACCAUGCGUGCAGGUGCAAAGCCCUCCUCGAUACAUCAUGCAGAGACCACAUCUCCAUGCUUCUUUCGAGCGACAACUGCCGAUGCCUGGACCACGAGAGGACCAAAACUUGGCCAACUUCCGUGGUGUGCCACCAUGCGUGCAGGUGCAAAGCCCUCCUCGAUACAUCAUGCAGAGACCACAUCUCCAUACUUCUUUCGAGCGACAACUGCCGAUGCCUGGACCACGAGAGGAGAUGGACCAGAAGUUAAUUAUGACGCGGAUGGUCCAGGCGAUGAACGAGAUGGCUGAUAGCCUUCAGGAGCUACGAGUGGCGACUGCGUCCAAUUCAGGUAAUUUGGACGACCUGCGGAUGAAGAUGGACACGCUGGUUGGACUAAGUGAAAAUCAGAUGCUGCAAUUGCUGAACAAGCAAGCCGUGGAGCUCGCUGCGAUCAGGAACAAGGACAUGGGUGAUGGUGGUGAUGGCAGUGUCCCAUCUAAGCCUUUGAAAGCUCCUGCAGAAGAGCCACCGGAGGACCCACUAAAAGAUGAGAGCAAGAAAGCACCGCAGCCAGAGGAUACGCCAAAGCCUGCAGAGCCUAGCGCUGAGGAGGUCAGACCGCCGGAAGCCACGACAGCGUCUGCGCCGGAGCCGGCUCCACCGGAGUCGGCUCCUGCGGCUCCUGCGGCUUCCGCGGAGCCGCGGAUGCGACGGCCGCCCACACCUCCAAGACCCAGACGGAAGCUGCCGCGGUCAGAGGCAGAGGCUAAUGCUCCACCUGCCACGGAUCCAAGACGUCGUCCGGUUUCAGACGAUGAUGAAGUGGUGGUGGUGAGCGUUAAUGGUCGAGAUGCAGGAGACAUGGAUGAGGAUGCCAAGCUAGGAGAGCAGAUGAGACAAGCCUUGGAUGCUUCUUUGGCGGCCACCAGGAGAGAGGCAGCGAGAGAGGAGCCUGCGCAAAUGGCUCUUCCAGUGGUUCCCAUGCCGGAGCCUGUAGCCAAUGAGGCUAAGUCGGAAGAGGAGGCGCCGGAUGCGAAGCGCCUGGCGGCUGCAGCGGCGGCGGCCCGUGGAGCGAGAGGUCUUCAAGGCCGUGAAAGCGACUCCGACAGCGACUCGGAGGGGUGCGUGAAGCGUUUCCAGAACGUGGCGCCAAGCGCAUCACGCACCUUGCGCUGCAGAAUCCUUACCCAAUACGAGGUGGAUCCUGCGGAUGCGCCGGUUGCUCUGCCAUGGACUUCAUGCUUUAGCUCCUCCAGCGAUCGAAGAAUUUCACAAGGGCCCUUGUUGGAUCUUUCUCGCGGUUGACCCAAAAAACCGC